AUGGCCGAAGAAGAUGGUCAGGAGCUUGUCACCAAGCCCUUCAAGUUCGUCACCGGCACCGACGCCCGCUUCCCCAAUGUGAACCAGACCAAGCACUGCUGGCAAAACUACGUCGACCAUCACAAGUGUAUCAUCGCCAAAGGAGAGGAUUUUGCCCCUUGCCAUCAGUUUAAAAUCGCCUACCGAUCAUUGUGCCCCUCUUCAUGGUACGCUCGGUGGGACGAGCAGCGAGAGGCUGGCAACUUCCCCGUCAAGCUGGACUCAUAG